AUGGCAACAACCAGCAUCCCUGUGCUGGUCCGUCGUCUGCGCAGCAGUGCAGGAGUCAGGGCGGUGGAGGCAGCCAAGGAGCUGGCGGGCCGCUCAUACACCAGCGCCGCCGACAGUUCAGCCAUCAUUGAUGCGGGCGGCCUUCCGGUGCUGCUGCAGCACCUCACCAGCAGCCACAGCAGCGCGUAUUUGCGAGAGAUGGCAGUGAUAAUUUUGUCCGGCCUUGCCUCGCCUGACAGCAACGCAGCCAUUGCAGCAGCGGGCACCAUCCCCGUGCUGGUGCAAUACCUGCGCAGCACCAGGCGCAGGAUCGGGCAAGCAGCGGCAUUUGCGGUGCUCUGCAGCGUGGCCAAGGGCAGCCCUGAAAGAAAGGCAGCGAUUGCAGCGGCGGGCGCCGUUCCUGUGCUGAUCCAACUCCUGGAUAGCGACAACAGCAAGGAUAUGCAGGCGGCAGCAGCAGAGUUGUUGCGCACUCUCACUGACAGCAGCCCCGCCAGUUCUGCGGCCAUCACAGCUGCUGGCGCCAUCCCAAUGAUUGUUCAGCACCUCAGCAGCAGCGCCUUGCCUGCAAAGUCGCCAGCGUAA